CUUUCUCUCUCCCUUGUCGCGCACACACAGCGCGGGGUUUUAGGUGCAGAGCUUUUUGCUAGAAAUCAAUGGAAAUUGAAUUAAGGGUCUGCUAAAAUUUCCAUGGAGAACUCUGUUACAGCCAUAGUCGAGUCAGAUGAACAGGAGGGAGCUCAAUCGUUCAAUGAAAGCUCUCCAGUAAGGAGGGCUGGCCUCUUCUACAAGCUGGUAGUGCCGUCCAUUCUUCAAGACAAGAAGCUGAAAAUACCAAAUAAAUUUGCAAAGAAGUUUGCAGAUGAUCUUUCUGAUCUUGUUACUCUAGUUGUUCCGAAUGGUCAUCGAUGGGUUCUGGAGUUAAAAAGACAUGGCCGUAGUAUGUGGUUUGAGGAUGGUUGGCAUGAUUUUGUGAAACACCAUUGCAUUCAAGUUGGACAACUCUUGGUUUUCAGAUUUGAAGGGAAUUCCGUUUUCAACUUUUACAUGUUCAACCUAACUGCUAUUUCAAAUGGUCCAUGCAAUACUUCAAAUGCUUCCUCUGAACAAAACGAUGGUGAACAAUGUCCUGUUACACUUGGAAAAGAAGCUGAAUACAAGAAAUUAGUUGAGAUAUUUGGAACGAGUUCUCCGGAUCCCUCUCCACGCCCUUCGGUGAAAAACGCUUUAUGUGGUUUUUCAGAUCAGCAGAAAUUCAAUGGAAGUUGCAAUGGGAUUAGCAUUAAGAACUUUAUGCAUUGGUUUGAUACAGAGAACAUGCAUCCUCUAAAGGAUUUGGAUAAGUUGCAACUACUAAAGUCGAAUCAAGAUAUUGGUAUUCAAUUCGACGGGGACGAGCUUGCAAAAGCUAGAGAGAAUUUGGACUUUCAAUUCUCUGAUGAAUCAAAUGAAAGAGCCAGGAAAAAGAAGUUGAAAGUUGAACCAAUUGACUACUACAAUGACAAUGAGGCCAUAGUGGAAAAAAAUAGCGAAAACAUCCCACAUAAAAUUAGUAGGAUGGCGUGUGGAGUCGAGGAGUUCAAGCCUGGUAAUCCCUUUUGCUGGAUUGUUAUGAGGCAAUCCUAUGUCCGAAGAGGGUUCCAUCUGCAUAUACCGUCCAAAUUUGCUGAGAAGUAUCUAAAAGGGGUCUCAGGCGACAUCACACUUCAGGUUUCUAGUGGGAAGCAAUGGCGUGUUCGAUGCAUUCGCGAGGGUCCUGGCACCAAGCUAACCAGGGGAUGGGCCGACUUUGUUGUGGAGAAUGAUUUGAAAGAAGAAGACGUUUGUGUCUUUGAGCUGAUUGAUAUAAAAGCUACUGCACUGAAAGUUACAAUAUUCCGAGUCCACGACGAUCCAACGAAAACUUGAACCCGAGGAAAUCAUGGAAACCCAACUGGAACAUCCAGUGGAUUAUGAUGCAAAUAUGUUGGAAUUUUUCUCAAAAAACAGAUGACAACAAGUUCUUGAUUACACAACACCCUGUUGUUUCAGAUUAUCCUUGUAACCUUGUCAAUGUUCACUUUUCGUCUUUAUCAUUUACAGCUUGUUUUCAAAGCAUGAAGUUGAAGAGUGGUUGAACUUUGAAACUCCAUUGCUUUAGCUCCCAUCUGUAUAUUCUUCCCUGAAUGGAAAAGUUAAAAAGAGUUGGUUUUCUUUUCUCUGUAAUGUAUUGCCAUGAACUCUAAAAGUGUUGAAGCUUACUGUUUUUCCCUUCCAUCUGUAAA